AUGUCUGGGCGCGGGAAGCAAGGAGGCAAAGCUCGCGCCAAGGCUAAGACCCGCUCCUCGCGAGCUGGGCUCCAAUUUCCCGUAGGCCGAGUGCACCGCCUGCUCCGCAAGGGCAACUACUCCGAGCGGGUAGGUGCCGGGGCCCCUGUGUACUUGGCGGCGGUGCUGGAGUAUCUGACGGCUGAGAUCCUGGAGCUGGCGGGCAACGCGGCCCGCGACAACAAGAAGACGCGUAUCAUCCCUCGCCACCUGCAGCUGGCCAUCCGCAACGACGAGGAGCUCAACAAGCUCUUAGGUCGGGUGACCAUCGCUCAGGGUGGCGUCCUGCCCAACAUCCAGGCUGUGCUGUUGCCUAAGAAGACCGAGAGCCACCACAAGGCCAAGGGCAAGUGA